CUCUUGGGAUGGGUGGUGGGAGCCAACGGCCCAAGUAGGGGCGCUUCCUGGGGCCCUUCACCUCGGCCUUUUACUUAGGUUUCUGGGGCAGCGGGGUUCUCUCGGUAACCAGAGAUGUCCCGGCGCGGUCCCGGGUCCCGUGGGGUGCGGCGCGGAGCUCCGGGAGGCGGGGACCCCAGCGUUGCGCCCCGCCCUCUGGGUUCUCCCGCCCGCGCUCCCCAAGGCCGCAGCGCCGUGCUUCGCUCGCCCUGCCCGCUCCGCUCCCGCUCCCCGCUCGCCCAGCCCGGGGCUGCUCCCUCUGCAGCCGCCGCCGCCGCCGCGCAGACCCGGAGGUCGUCCGCGCCCACCAUGCGAGCUCAGCUCUGGUUGCUGCAGUUGCUGCUACUCCGCGGGGCCGCGCGCGCGCUCAGUCCCGCAACACCCGCAGGUCACAAUGAAGGUCAAGACUCUGCAUGGACUGCCAAGAGGACCAGGCAAGGCUGGAGUCGGAGACCCCGAGAGAGCCCCGCGCAGGUGUUGAAGCCAGGCAAGACCCAGCUAAGCCAGGACUUGGGUGGGGGCUCCCUGGCCAUCGACACACUUCCGGACAACAGGACUCGGGUGGUGGCUCUGUCUCUGUCCCCGCAGGAGGACAACCAUAACUACUACGUGUCCCGUGUCUACGGCCCUGGUGAGAAACAAAGCCAGGAUCUGUGGGUGGACCUGGCUGUGGCCAACCGGAGUCAUGUGAAGAUCCACAGGAUCCUCUCCAGUUCUCACCGACAGGCUUCAAGAGUGGUCUUGUCCUUUGAUUUCCCUUUCUAUGGGCAUCCUCUGCGGCAGAUCACCAUAGCAACCGGAGGCUUCAUCUUCAUGGGGGACAUGCUCCACCGGAUGCUCACAGCUACGCAGUAUGUGGCACCCCUGAUGGCCAACUUCAACCCCGGCUACUCUGACAACUCCACGGUUGCUUACUUUGACAAUGGGACCGUUUUUGUGGUUCAGUGGGAUCAUGUUUACCUCCAGGACCGGGAGGACAGGGGCAGCUUCACCUUCCAGGCGGCCCUACACCGAGAUGGCCGCAUUGUCUUCGGCUACAAAGAGAUCCCCAUGGCUGUCCUGGAUAUCAGCUCUGCCCAGCACCCUGUCAAGGCAGGCCUGUCCGACGCUUUCAUGAUUCUCAAUUCAUCCCCAGAGGUGCCAGCUUUGUCUGACAUCUGCCCCAUCAGGACAGCGGACCUGCGUUAGAACAUCUCCUAUACUCACCCUUACACCCCAAGGCUUUAUCAACCACCACACCAAGGACUUCAGGAAAUGGUGUGAGAACAGAUGAUACCCCAGUGCUGGCAUGCCACAUGUCAUGGUGACAGCGUUUCCAAGACACUCUUCUGUCACACGUCCCUGUUGACCACCAUGACCGUUCCUAUGAUUCUUAGGUGACGGUGUUGAGUGUCAAAGCAGGGCCCUGCCCUGUAGCAAUAUUUUUACUCUCCUGAUGUAAUUGUGGUCUCCAAGGCCUCUGUCUGCUAAUCUAGGCCUAGUCCUGGAAACUUCGAGCCUCUGUUCAAUUUUAUCUGGGUCUAGAAUGUUUUCAGCCUCUGGGACUUGUUCACCCUUUCUAGUAUUUUUAAAAAAGAUUUAUUUAUUAUGUAUAGUGUUCUGCUUGAAGGACAGAAGAGGGCAACUAAGCUCAUUACAGAUGGUUGUGAGCCACCAUGUGGUUGCUGGGAAUUGAACCCUGGACCUCUGGAAGAGCAGCCAAUGCUCUUAACCUCUGAGCCAUCAGACUACCCCCCUUUCUAGUUCUUUCUGAACUCUGGUUGGCUGGUUCAACUUAGCUGUUCUGGCUCAAACUCCUCUCCAAGCUGACUGGUUUACUCUGGCUUUACUCUUGGACCCUGACUGAGCUGCUGUUUGGCCUCAUAUUAACUUUGGCCAUAUGUUCUAAUUUCCUGGCUCCUCCUCAUUUUCUAACUUGCUCUGUCUUCACCUGUGUCUAGCCUAUUCUCUCUCUGCAACCUGUUUCUAUAUAACUCUUCCUGUAAAACUGCUCUCAUUCUCUCUCUCUCUCUCUCUCUCUCUCUCUCUCUCUCUCUCUCUCUCUCCCUUACUGCCCCUCAAGUAGCUUCCCUUUCCUCUCUCUUCUUGUAAGAGUUGGGCAUAGCUGUCUGUCAAAUCUUUCCCUGAUUCGUCACUUUGUCUGCCACUUUCAAACAUGGGUGCUUUCUUCUACAAACUUUACCUUCAUUGUUUGGGAUUAAAAGUGAGGGGUGUCUGUAUUCCAGAGGGAUUAAAGGCGCGUGCUAAGGGCUGAGCAACUAGAAAAAGGUUUUUUAGUAAAUAACAUCAUCCCAGGGCUCACGUUACGUUGGUCUGCCUCUGAGCUGUUGCAUUAUUAGUCUUUAACUUCAUUCAUAAGGUUAGAUAGUUUUCCCCAUCUUUUUUAUUAAUUAUUUACAUCCCAGUCCCACUCUCACAAAUACCUCCCUGUUUUUUUGUUUAAUUUUUUUUUCCUGCUGUUUCUCAAGACAGUGUUUCUUUGUAAAACAGCACUGUAUGUCCUAGAACUUACUCUGUAGACCCACCAGCCUCUGUAUUCCCAGUGCUUGGAUUAAAGGUGUGAGUUCAGAGAGCCAAACCCAGAAGAGCAGCCAGUGUUCUUAACUGUUGAGCCAACUCUCAGCCCAUCAAAGUUAAUUUUUAAGCUAGCAUACAAAGCAAUGGUUUUCUUACAAAUUUAUCUUAUUUAUUUAUUUAUUUAUUUAUUUAUUGUAUACUGUAGCUGUCUUCAGACACACCAGAAGAGGGCAUCAGAUCCCAUUACAAAUGGUUGUGAGCUACCACGUGGUUGCUGGGAAUUGAACUCAUGACCUCUGGAAGAGCAGUCAGUGCUCUUAACCUCUGAGCAUCUCUCCAGCCCCCUUCUCUCUCUCUCUCUCUCUCUCUCUCUCUCUCUCUCUCUCUCUCGUUCUUUUUUUAAGAUAUCAACUCUCACUGUGCUUCCUGUGUUGGCCUUGAGUUGGACUCCAUCGAUCUUUCCUUCUUUGGCCUCCCAAGUAACUGGAGCUACAGGCGGAAUUAUAACUCUAUUUCUCUUUGUAAUGAAGAGUAUGUAGGAUAAAACUCAAAAGAUAAAGUUCAAAUUAGGUUUCUGCACUGCCCUGCCCUCUGCCCCCCAGUUUGCCUUCUCAGAGUCGCCCAGGACAAAUGGAAUGAUCUCUGUGCCCACACCGUUUCCUGUAUAUCAGCUAUUUUUCUCUUCCUGUGACAAAAUUAAUGG